GGUGGAAGAAAGUCCAACCAACAAGCCAACCUUGAUCCCUGUACCCUAUUGGUGGUCUAUGUUUGAACUUCAAGAUGCGUAUGACACCAGCGAAUUACUAUCAGUAGAGAAGUGAGGCAAGCAAGCGGAUCACCGGCAGCGUUGCAUAAACACGCAACAAAAGCGAGAAAUAAAAGGGUGCACAAUUGAGCAUAAAAAAAUAGAUUGAUCAAACAUAAGAAUUGAAUUAGGAAAAAUGGAGAAUUUCCCAGUGAUAGAUCUGAGCCCUUACUUGAACUGGGAAAGUAACGGAAAAGAAAACAAGGAAAUCAAUAGUCUGUGCAUGGAAGUCAGCCGAAUUCUCAAGGAGACAGGAGCUUUACUUAUAAAGGAUCCCAGAUGUUCUAUUCAAGACAAUGAUCGUUUCCUUGAUAUGAUGGAGAAAUAUUUCCAGCAACCUUCUGAAUUCAAACUCCUCCAGGAACGCCCUCUUUUGCACUAUCAGGUUGGAGUAACUCCAGAAGGAGUUGAAGUCCCUAGAAGUCUGGUAGAUGUAGAAAUGCAACAAAAACUUAAAGAUAUGCCAUUGGAGUUUCAGCCAUCUUCUCCAAUGGGUCCUGAUCCUAAGUGGAGAUAUAUGUGGAGGAUUGGUCCUCGCCCUUCAAACACUCAAUUUAAGGAAUUGAAUGCUGAGCCUGUUAUUCCUGAAGGUUUUCCGGAAUGGAAAGAUACUAUGGAUUCAUGGGGUCUUAAAAUGAUUUCGGCGAUAGAGGUUGUUGCGGAAAUGGCGGCUAUUGGAUUUGGCUUGCCCAAGGAUGCUUUCACUUCUUUGAUGAAGCAGGGGCCUCAUCUACUUGCUCCAACAGGCAGUGACCUUCAUCGUUAUGGACAAGAGGGGACUGUUUUUGCAGGAUAUCAUUAUGACCUUAACUUUUUAACUAUUCAUGGAAGGAGUAGGUUUCCAGGUCUAAACAUAUGGCUCAGGAAUGGGGAAAAGGUGGAAGUUAAAGUCCCUGUGGGAUGUCUUCUUAUUCAGACUGGAAAACAGAUAGAAUGGUUGACUGCGGGAGAAUGCAUUGCCGGAAUGCAUGAGGUUGUUGUGACCAAAAGGACUCUAGAAGCAAUUAGAUUAGCAUCUGAACAAAGCCGCAGUCUGUGGAGGGUAUCAUCAACUCUGUUUGCACAUGUAGCAUCAGAUGCUGUACUAAAGCCAUUAGGCCAUUUCGCCAACUCUUCGCUCUCUGGUAUGUACCCUCCCAUGUGUGCUGGAGAAUUUGUCGAAAAGGAGCUUGCGGUGAUUAAUCUGAAAGGAAAUAAAGGCGAUUCUUCACUGUAACCGGAGCAGAAUACAUUGAUUUAUAAACAUGGAACAUUAUUUGAAGAUUGUUAGAAGAUGUGACAUGGGAGGGGUCAACGUUAUAUGUUGACAUCCUGCAAGAAUCAUGCAAUGCACAUCAACAGUAGGAAAAAAUUGUAGCUCCAAUGCUGUGUUUUGAAGUGGUUGCUUCAAUGUUUAGUUGUUCCUAGCAUCACUUGAAAUCACGAAUGUUCCAAUACAUUUAUAUAGAUUUGUGUUCAUUAUUUGGCAAAA